UUUGCGAAUUUCCUGCAGCACCUUCUCUGGAGAGCAGCGCCGCCGGGCUCCAGCCUCAGUGCUAUAGGCCCGCGCCCGCGUCACGUGGGCCGAGGCUCCCUCGAGGUGGCUGGCGGGCGGCUGAGUCCAGAGGAAGGAGCUGUGGCCGCCAGUCGCCGUCCCAACUGCGCCUAGGGGCAGGCGCGCGGAUAAAAAUGGCGAAGUGGGGGUAGCUGGCGCCAAACCUGAAGCGAUGGGGCGUGCAGGUGGGGCGGUCGUCGGAGCUCCUUGACGUGGGCGCCAGGCUGUUCUCGGCGGCAGUCUGAUCUGGCGACCUCGGGCCAGCAUCUGAUAGGUCGGACCACGGACUCCGCGGGUCGCCGAGGCCCCCGCCGAGAGCCGGAGGCAAUGGAUGAACAGAGCGUGGAGAGCAUUGCUGAAGUUUUCCGAUGUUUCAUUUGUAUGGAGAAAUUGCGGGAUGCACGCCUGUGUCCUCAUUGUUCCAAGCUUUGUUGUUUCAGUUGUAUCAGGCGCUGGCUGACAGAGCAGAGAGCUCAGUGUCCUCAUUGUCGUGCUCCACUCCAGCUACGAGAACUAGUAAACUGUCGUUGGGCAGAGGAAGUAACACAACAGCUUGAUACUCUUCAACUCUGCAGUCUCACCAAACAUGAGGAAAAUGAAAAGGACAAAUGUGAAAAUCACCAUGAAAAACUUAGUGUAUUUUGCUGGACUUGUAAGAAGUGUAUCUGCCAUCAGUGUGCACUUUGGGGAGGAAUGCAUGGUGGACAUACCUUUAAACCUUUGGCAGAAAUUUAUGAGCAGCAUGUUACUAAAGUGAAUGAAGAGGUCGCCAAACUUCGUCGGCGUCUCAUGGAACUGAUCAGCUUAGUUCAAGAAGUGGAAAGAAAUGUAGAAGCUGUAAGAAAUGCAAAAGAUGAGCGUGUUCGGGAAAUUAGGAAUGCAGUAGAGAUGAUGAUUGCACGGUUAGACACACAGCUGAAGAAUAAGCUUAUAACACUGAUGGGUCAGAAGACAUCUCUAACACAAGAAACAGAGCUGUUGGAAUCCUUACUUCAGGAGGUAGAGCACCAGUUGCGAUCUUGUAGUAAGAGUGAGUUGAUAUCUAAGAGCACAGAGAUCCUCAUGAUGUUUCAGCAAGUUCAUCGAAAGCCCAUGGCAUCCUUUGUUACCACUCCCGUUCCACCAGACUUUACCAGUGAAUUAGUACCAUCUUAUGAUUCAGCUACUUUUGUUUUAGAGAAUUUCAGCACUUUGCGUCAGAGAGCAGAUCCUGUUUAUAGUCCACCUCUUCAAGUUUCAGGACUUUGUUGGAGGUUAAAAGUUUACCCAGAUGGAAAUGGAGUAGUUCGUGGUUACUACUUAUCUGUGUUUCUGGAACUCUCAGCUGGCUUGCCAGAAACUUCCAAAUAUGAAUAUCGUGUAGAGAUGGUUCAUCAGUCCUGCAAUGAUCCUACCAAAAAUAUCAUUCGAGAGUUUGCAUCUGAUUUUGAAGUUGGCGAAUGCUGGGGUUAUAAUAGAUUUUUCCGUUUGGAUUUACUUGCAAAUGAAGGAUACUUGAAUCGACAAAAUGAUACAGUGAUUUUAAGGUUUCAGGUUCGUUCACCAACUUUCUUUCAAAAAUGCCGGGACCAGCAUUGGUAUAUUACUCAAUUGGAAGCUGCACAGACUAGCUAUAUCCAACAAAUAAAUAACCUUAAAGAGAGACUUACUAUUGAGUUGUCUCGAACUCAGAAAUCAAGAGAUCUGUCACCACCAGAUAAUCAUCUUAGUCCCCAAAAUGAUGACACUAUUGAGACCCGAGCCAAGAAGUCUGGCUCAGGCCCUGACAUACUUCUCCAGGAUGGUCCCACUACAGCUUCUGGAAGAGAGGCCAAAGAGGAGGAAGAAGAUGAGGAGAAGAUUCAAAAUGAAGAUUACCAUCAUGAGCUUUCAGAUGGCGAUCUGGAUCUGGACUUUGUUGGUGAGGAUGAAGUAAAUCACCUCGAUGGCAGCAGCUCCUCUGCCAGUUCCACAGCAACAAGUAACACGGAAGAAAAUGACAUCGAUGAAGAAACGAUGUCUGGCGAAAACGAUGUGGAAUACAACAACAUGGAAUUGGAAGAGGGAGAACUUAUGGAAGAUGCAGCCGCUGCAGGACCUCCAGGUAGUAACCAAGGCUAUGUGGGUGCCAGUACCAGAAUGUCAAGAAGAGCACAUUUAUGCUCUGCUGCUACCAGUAGUUUAUUAGACAUUGAUCCUUUAAUUUUAAUACAUUUGUUGGACCUUAAGGACCGGAGCAGUAUGGAAAAUUUGUGGGGCUUACAGCCUCGUCCACCUGCUUCACUUUUGCAGCCCACAGCCACAAAUAAGAAGAGUAAUUCACCCAAGGCAACUCGGUCCAGUAUAGCAGGGAGUCUAUCACUUCGAAGAGCAGUAGACUCUGGAGAAAAUAGCCGUUCAAAGGGAGACUGUCAGACUCUGUCUGAAGGCUCCCCAGGAAGCUCUCAGUCAGGGAGCAGGCACAGUUCUUCCCGAGCCUUGACACAUGGCAGUAUUGGUGAUAUGCUGCCAAAAUCCGAAGACCAGCACUGUCAAGCUCUGGAUUCAGAUGCUGUCGUGGUUGCAGUUUUCAGUGGCUUACCUACUGCUGAGAAAAGGAGGAAAAUGGUCACAUUGGGGGCUAAUGCUAAAGGAGGUCAUCUGGAAGGAAUGCAAAUGACUGAUUUGGGCAAUAAUUCUGAAACUGGGGAAUUACAGCCUAUAUUACCUGAAGGAGCUUCAGCUGUCCCUGAGGAAGGAAUGAGCAGCGACAGUGAUAUCGAGUGUGACACUGAAAACGAGGAGCAGGACGAGCACGCCUGCGUGGGCGGAUUCCACGACUCACUCAUGGCACAGCCCCCAGACGAAGAUACACAUUCCAGUUUUCCUGAUGGUGAACAGAUAGGCCCUGAAGAUCUCAGCUUCAGUCCUGAUGAAAACAGCCGGAGGUAAUUUUCAAAUCAAGGGAACUGACUUGCAAGCUACCUUGACCCUGAAGUUUGCUGUGGUUGGUGCUCAAAUUUGCAUUCAGUCAGAUAAUCAGAUUUGGUUUUAUUUUAUUUUUUCCAUCAUCUCUACCUAAAAUAAGUAAUUCUGAAACUUCAGAAAGUAGUGCAAUUCUAGUAUAAGACAUUAGUACACAGGAAAAAUACUGGGAAGAAUUCUGUGUAAUGUAAUGAAAUAACAGUGUAGUCCUCUAUUAAUUUAGUAAAUUAGUAUAUUCAUAAAAAGCAGAUUACUACAACAGAAGGGUGAUUAACUGCCAGAAAAUGUACCUAGAGACAGUGCAUGUUCUCAGGAACUAGGUCAGCAUCGGUGCUCUUCUGUCCUUGGCCAGAUAUUCAGUUGUGUUUAAAUGACCACCUUUAUAUUUUGGGUUUUCAUAAGUUUAUAGUUUCCUUAGUUCCUAUAGAUCAGUGAACAGAAAAUCACUUAUGUGUGGAUGCUUUCCUGUAGACACUUUAAGUGAAUAAAAUAACACUAGACUGAAUCUCCUCUUUGGAGUAUGUUGACUAAAGUUAAUUUAUCUUUUCUUCUUUGUUCGAGCGCAGGCACACUGAUUAAUGGCACAUGAUCUUUCUGUUGUUUGACUUUUGCAAAUGUAUUUUUGAAUGAAUUAAGUUAAUGUGGGUUGAUUAUGUUCCUGGUCAUGAACACACAUGUAAGAUCAUUUGAAAUUAUUUCAUUUGUUCUGCCUUUUACCAAACAAUGAUAAUGCAACAAGUAUUUAACACCAUCUUUGUAUUUUUAUUAGUUGGACAUCGAUUUUGGUGUCAAUAUACACUUAAAAAUUCAUACAUAUUGCACAGUGGUUUAGGUAAUACUGUGGUAUAAAGUUUACUUUCAUAUUCACAAUUAGCCCAAAAUAAUUGCCAAAUUUUGUCAUCGUUCUGCAUUUGUGUUUGAGCUGCUAUGCUGUUUGUGGAAAUUACACUGAAAGUUGACUAAGGACUGUUGAAAAAGCAUGAAUAUAUAUAUAUGAGUGACAUCUCAUCUGUUUGUAUUUUACUUAAUGAAUAUUGUUCACUUUUCCAUGUCUAAUAUCUUGCUGAAUGCUGAUUCAUAGUUUGCUUUUGUUCAAAACAGUUUGCACUUUUUGUUAAUAAAAUGAACUUGAGAAAAUA